AUGUCGAACCCGUUCGUCGAGCCGCUCCUGCCGUCGGAGAACCGCCGGGGCGAGAACUCGGACACCUUCAGCAGCCUCCACAUCGGCAUCCGGGAGGACAAGACGGACGCCCUCCUCGGCGACUCGCUCCGCGUCAACGACGAGACCGAGGAGAUCGGCGAGGCGACGCUGAGCCAGCUCCGCACGCAGCGGGAGCAGCUCCAGACCGCGUCGAGCCAGGCGCGCGACACGCACCAGGUCACGCGCGACGCGCGCGCGACGCUCAAGCACAUCGCCUGGAAGGUCUUCCGCGAGAAGCUCACGCUCGUGCUCGUCAUCGUGUGCAUGCUCGUCAUCGACUGCGCCCUCGCCUACCGCCUGAUCACGCACAAGGGCGACCUCUGA